AUGAGUAACUUGCCUCCUCCUCCUGGAUGGCAACCUCCACCACCUCCACCACCUCCAUCAUCAACUAAUGGGAAUGGUACUUCGUCAAAUGGACUACCUCCUCCACCACCACCUCCAGGUUUCAAUGGCAGGGCGCCACCACCACCUCCACCACCUUCAUCAUCAAUUCCUAAACCACCAUCAAGGUUUAAUAAGAAUGAUUUAGAUAUUAGAAAGAGAAAAUGGCUACAGCUGCAGAAGAAGCGUUUUACAGAAACCCGUUCAAAAGUUGGAACGUUUGUCCAUCCACAAAAAGUUGAUAUGCCUCCUGAACAUCUACGGAAAAUCAUUUUUGAUCAUGGUGAUAUGUCUUCAAGAAAAUUUGCAGCUGAUAAACGUUCAUUUCUUGGAUCCUUGAAAUUCAUGCCACAUGCUGCUUUGAAACUAUUAGAGAACAUGCCUCAACCAUGGGAACAAACUAAAGAUGUUAAAGUUUUAUAUCAUAUAACGGGUGCUAUAACUUUUGUUAAUGAAAUACCUAGGGUUAUUGAACCUGUGUAUACUGCACAAUGGGCAACUAUGUGGGUGAUGAUGAGAAGAGAAAAAAGAGAUAGAAGACAUUUCAAGAGAAUGAGAUUCCCACCAUUUGAUGAUGAAGAACCUCCAUUAGAUUGGUCAGAAAAUUUACAAGAUCUCGAACCACUAGAUCCUAUACAGAUGGAAUUGGAUGAAGUUGAUGAUGAACAUGUUAUUGAUUGGCUUUAUGAUCCUAGACCUCUAGUUGAUGAUUUGGAUUUUGUUAACGGUGAAUCUUAUAGAAAAUGGAACUUAAACCUUGAGCAAAUGAUCAAUUUACAUCGUUUAUCAACUCCAUUAUUAACAGAUAUAACGAACAAAAAUUAUUACUACUUGUUUGAUAAGAGAUCUUUUUUCACUGCUAAAGCUCUUAAUAAUGCUAUACCUGGUGGCCCAAAGUUUGAACCAUUGUACAAAGAUGUUGAAGAAGAAGAUUUUAAUGAAUUUAACUCAAUAGAUCGUAUUAUCUUUAGAAUACCUAUAAGGACAGAGUACAAAGUUGCAUUCCCACAUUUAUACAAUUCAUUACCAAGAUCAGUCCAUAUUCCAUGGUAUUCAGAUCCUGUCAAUUGCUAUAUCAAACCUGAUGAUCCUGAAUUACCUGCAUUUUAUUUUGAUCCUCUUUUAAACCCAAUAUCACCAAGAUCAGUCCAAAACACAAAAACUGAUACUGAAAAGGAACUUUUCGAUGAAGAAACAGGUGAGGAUAUUGAAAACUUUCAAUUGCCAUCGAAGGUCAAACCAUUCUUUUCUGAACAUGAAGUGGAGACUGAUAAUACAGCUGCUGCUAUAGAAUUAUGGUGGGCUCCAUACCCAUUCAAUCGCCGCUCAGGCCAUAUGAAGCGUGCUCAAGAUGUUUCUUUAGUGAAGAGUUGGUAUUUGGAACGUCCAUCUCGUGAUUUCCCAGUCAAAACAAGAGUUUCUUAUCAAAAAUUGUUGAAGAACCAUGUCUUGAAUGAACUACACAAGGGACCACCAUCAAACCACAGAAAGAUUCAGUUAUUGAAGAGUUUGAAAAAUACAAAAUACUUCCAAACAACAACUAUUGAUUGGGUUGAGGCUGGUUUACAAGUGUGUCGUCAAGGUUUCAAUAUGCUGAAUUUGCUAAUACAUAGAAAAGGGUUGACUUAUCUACAUCUUGAUUAUAAUUUUAACUUGAAACCAACAAAGACUUUGACAACAAAAGAAAGAAAGAAGUCCAGAUUUGGUAAUGCAUUCCAUUUAAUGAGGGAAAUUUUGAAAGUCAUCAAACUAUUAGUGGAUGCUCAAGUUCAAUUCCGUCUAGGUAAUGUUGAUGCUUUCCAAUUAGCUGAUGGUAUCUAUUAUAUUUUGAACCAUCUUGGUCAAUUGACUGGUAUUUAUCGUUACAAGUAUAAAGUGAUGCAUCAAAUUCGUGCAUGUAAAGAUUUGAAACAUGUUGUCUAUUAUAGAUUUAAUAAUGUUAUUGGUAAAGGUCCUGGUUGUGGUUUUUGGCAACCAGCUUGGAGAGUUUGGAUUUUCUUCCUAAGAGGUAUAAUACCAUUAUUAGAGAGAUGGUUAGGAAACUUACUAUCUCGUCAAUUUGAAGGUCGUUCCAACGAAGUUGCAAAAACAGUUACCAAACAAAGAACAGAUGCCUAUUAUGAUUUGGAACUCAGAGCUGCUGUUUUGAAUGAAAUUUUGGAAAUCAUGCCAGAAGGUAUUAGAGAAAAUAAAUCAAAGACCAUUUUGCAACAUUUGGCUGAGGCUUGGAGAUGUUGGAAAGCUAAUAUCCCUUGGAAAGUCCCUGGGUUGCCUGAACCAGUUGAAAGAAUCAUUGAACGUUAUGUUAAAUCCAAAGCUGAUAAUUGGACAUCCACUGCUCACUAUAACAGAGAACGUAUAAAACGUGGUGUUAGUAUUGAGAAAACAGUCGCUAGAAAGAACUUGGGUAGAUUGACAAGAUUGUGGAUCAAAAAUGAACAAGAACGUCAACAAAAUGUUGAAAAGGAUGGUCCUGCAAUUUCUCCAAAUGAAGCAACUACAAUCUUUAGAACCAUGGUUAACUGGUUUGAAAGCAGAAACUUUGCACCAAUUCCUUUCCCACCUUUAAGUUAUAAGCAUGAUACUAAACUUUUAGUCCUUGCUUUGGAAAAUUUGAAAGAAUCAUAUAAUGCUAAAGGUCGUUUGAAUGCCACGCAACGUGAAGAGCUAGCAUUAAUCGAACAAGCUUAUGAUAAUCCUCAUGAAUGUUUGAGUAGAAUAAAGAAAUUCUUGCUUACCCAAAGAGUUUUCAAAGAUGUUGGUUUAGAAAUGUUGGAUCAAUAUCAUCAAUUGACCCCAGUCUAUGAAGUUGACCCACUUGAAAAAAUUACUGAUGCUUAUCUUGAUCAAUAUUUGUGGUAUGAAGGUGAUAAAAGACAAUUAUUCCCAAAUUGGAUUAAACCAAGUGAUGCUGAGAUUCCACCACUUCUUGUAUAUAAAUGGUGUCAAGGUAUAAAUAAUUUGAACGAGGUCUGGGAUACUUCCAAAGGUCAAUCUAAUGUUAUGCUGCAAACAACUUUGAAUAAAGUUGCUGAAAAGAUUGACUUCACAUUGUUAAAUCGUUUAUUGAGAUUAAUUGUUGACUCAAAUAUUGCUGACUAUAUUACUGCAAAGAACAAUAUAGGAUUGACCUAUAAAGAUAUGAGCCAUGUGAACAAGUAUGGUUUAAUCAGAGGUCUACAAUUUUCAUCUUUUGUAUUCCAAUAUUAUGGUUUGGUGUUAGAUUUGUUGAUUCUUGGUCUUGAGCGUGCUAGUGAAUUGGCUGGUCCUGCUAACUCACCAAAUGAAUUUUUACAAUUGAAAUCAUUGGAACAAGAAACUUCAGGUCCUAUAAGGUUAUACUCACGUUAUAUUGAUAAGAUUCAUAUAUUCUUCAGAUUUGAUGAUGAAGAUGCACAAGAUUUGGUUCAAGCUUUCUUGUCUGAAAAUCCCGAUCCAAAUUUUGAAAAUAUUAUAGGCUAUAACAAUCGUCGUUGCUGGCCAAGAGAUAGCCGUAUGAGGUUGAUGCGUCAAGAUGUUAACCUCGGUAGAGCUGUGUUCUGGGAAAUUCAAGGUCGUAUACCUAGAGCUUUAGCAACUAUCCAAUGGGAAGAUACAUUGUCAUCAGUUUACAGUAAAGAUAAUCCAAAUUUACUCUUCACAAUGUGUGGUUUUGAAGUUAGAAUUUUACCAAAGUCAAGAAUGGAUGAAGUUACAUCAUCAACAGAAGGUGUUUGGGAUCUUAUCGAUCAAUCCACCAAACAACGUACUGCUAAAGCAUUCCUUCAAGUUACAGAAGAGGAUAUUGAAAAGUUCCAUAAUCGUAUACGUCAAAUUUUGAUGUCUUCAGGUUCAACAACGUUCACAAAGAUUGCUAGCAAAUGGAAUACGGCAUUAAUGUCACUUUUCACUUAUUAUAGAGAAGCUGCUGUAUCUACAGAAGCAUUGUUGGAUGUUUUGGUCAAAUGUGAAACUAAAAUACAAACUCGUGUUAAAGUCGGAUUAAAUUCUAAAAUGCCAACUCGUUUCCCACCAGCUGUUUUCUAUACACCAAAAGAAUUAGGUGGUCUUGGUAUGUUGAGUGCUUCUCAUAUUUUGAUUCCUGCUUCAGAUUUAAGUUGGUCUAAACAAACAGAUGCUGGUAUUACCCAUUUCCGUUCUGGUAUGUCUCAUCCUGAAGAGAAAUUAAUUCCUACAAUUUUCAGAUAUAUCACAUCUUGGGAAAAUGAAUUUUUGGAUUCUCAAAGAGUCUGGGCAGAUUAUGCCAUCAAACGUCAAGAAGCGUUACAACAAAAUCGUCGUUUGGCAUUUGAAGAAUUGGAAGGAUCAUGGGAUAGAGGUAUUCCAAGAAUUAGUACAUUGUUUCAAAAAGAUCGUCACACAUUGGCUUAUGAUAAGGGUCAUCGUAUUCGCCGUGAAUUCAAACAAUACUCUUUGAUUCGUUUCAACCCCUUCUGGUGGACAAGCAGUCAUCAUGAUGGUAAAUUGUGGAAUUUGAAUGCCUAUCGUACAGAUGUUAUUCAAGCAUUAGGUGGUAUUGAAACAAUUUUGGAGCAUACAUUAUUCAAAGCUACAGGAUUUGAUUCUUGGGAAGGUUUAUUUUGGGAAAAAGCUUCUGGGUUUGAAGAUUCUUUGAAGUUUAAAAAAUUGACGAAUGCUCAAAGAACAGGUUUGAGUCAAAUUCCAAAUCGUCGUUUCACCCUAUGGUGGUCACCAACUAUUAACCGUGCAAAUGUUUAUGUUGGUUUCUUGGUUCAAUUAGAUUUGACAGGUAUUUUCUUACACGGUAAAAUUCCAACUUUAAAAAUUUCAUUGAUUCAAAUAUUCCGUGCUCAUUUGUGGCAAAAAAUCCAUGAAAGUGUUGUUUUUGAUUUAUGUCAAGUUUUAGAUGGUGAAUUAGAUGUUUUACAAAUUGACAGUGUCCAAAAAGAGUCAAUUCAUCCACGUAAAUCAUACAAAAUGAAUUCAUCAACUGCAGAUAUUACAGUCAAUGGUUCUUAUAGAUGGGGAGCAAGUGCACCAUCCUUGUUACACGAUACAAAUGACGAUAUGACUGUUACCUCAAGUGACAAGUUUUGGAUCGAUGUUCAAUUACGUUAUGGUGAUUAUGAUUCCCAUGAUAUUUCGCGUUAUGUUCGUGCUAAAUUUUUGGAUUAUACUAAUGAUGAUUUAUAUCCAUCCCCAACUGGUGUUCUAGUUGGUAUUGAUCUUGCUUAUAACAUGUAUGAUGCUUAUGGUUCUUGGUUCCCGGGCUUCAAACCUUUGAUGCAAAGUGCAAUGAAAACGAUUAUGAAAGCUAAUCCUUCAUUAUAUGUGUUGCGUGAACGUAUUAGAAAAGGUCUUCAGUUAUAUCAAGCACAACCACAACAAGCGUUCUUGAACUCUAACAAUUAUGCUGAAUUAUUCAGUAAUGAUACACAGUUGUUUAUUGAUGAUACCAAUGUUUAUCGUGUUACUGUUCAUAGAACCGUUGAAGGUAACUUGACAACUAAACCAAUCAAUGGUGCCAUUUUCAUUUUAAACCCAAAGACUGGUCAAUUAUUUUUGAAAAUUAUCCAUACAUCAGUUUGGUCAGGUCAAAAACGUUUAGGUCAAUUAGCUAAAUGGAAAACUGCUGAGGAAGUUGCUGCUUUGAUCCGUUCAUUACCUCGUGAAGAACAACCAAAGCAAUUGAUUAUCACAAGAAGAUCAAUGUUGGAUCCAUUAGAAGUUCACAUGUUGGAUUUCCCAAAUAUCUCAAUUAGACCAUCCGAAUUAAGUUUACCAUUUGCAGCUGCUAUGAAAAUUGAUAAACUUCAAGAUCUUGUUUUGAAAGCUACUGAACCACAAAUGGUUUUAUUCAACGUUUAUGAUGAUUGGUUAAAGACAAUUUCUGCUUAUACUGCAUUCUCACGUUUAAUCUUGUUAUUGCGUGCCUUGAACGUUAAUCCUGAACGUACCAAAUUGAUUUUGAGACCAGACAGUUCAGUUAUUACACAAGAACAUCAUAUAUGGCCAUCAUUUACUGACGACCAAUGGGUUGAUGUUGAAACUAAACUCCGUGAUUUAAUUUUGAAUGAUUAUGGUAAGAAACAUAACAUUAAUGUUGCAUCAUUGACUCAAGCUGAAAUUAGAGAUUUGAUUUUAGGUCAAGAUAUCAAGGCACCAUCUGCAAAAAGACAAGAGAUUGCUGAAAUUGAAGGACAAAAUGAAGAAGCAUUGACUGGUGUUAAAGUUAAAACAAGAAAUGCUCAUGGUGAAGAGAUCGUUGCACACGUUUCAAGUAAUUAUGAACAACAAUCCUUCACUUCAAAGACAGAAUGGAGAAAAUUGGCAAUUUCUGCGUCAUUAUUGCAUAUGCGUACUAAAAAUAUUUAUGUCGCUUCAGAUGAUUUCGUGGAGGAGAAGACAACUUAUAUUAUGCCUAAUAAUGUGUUGAGAAAAUUCAUUCAAAUUUCAGACACAAGAACUCAGAUUGGUGGUUACAUUUACGGGUCUUCCCCAAGUGAUAAUGAUAAGAUUAAAGAAAUCAAAACAAUUGUUUUACCUCCUCAAACUGGCUCAUUGAAUUCUAUUCAAUUGAGUAAAACUCAGGAUAGUGAAUGGAUUGAAGGUUUGGAAUUAUUAGGUUGGAUCCAUACUCAAUCUCAAGAGUUCAACUACAUGUCUGCAAGUGAUAUGACUACACAUGCUAAGUUGUUUGAAGAUAAUAAUCCUGAUUUGGUUGAUAUAUCAGUUUCUUUGACGACUGGUUCAGUUUCAUUAAGUUGUUUUACAUUAACAGAAGAUGGGUAUAAAUGGGGUCGUCAAAAUAAAAAUAUUGAUAUUGCACCAGAAGGAUAUAGACCUGAAUUUGGUGACAAUGGUCAGUUGAUUCUUUCCAACAAUAUUAUUGGUAACUUCUUGGUUCCUAGUACAGAUAUCUGGAAUUAUUCGUUUAUGGGUACAAGAUUCAAUCCAGAAUUGGAUUAUGAUUUGAAGAUUGAUGUUCCUAUUGAGUUCUAUCAUGAAUUGCAUCGUCCAAAUCAUUUCAUUGCUUUCAAUGAAUUGGAGCAUAAGGUUAGUUUGGAAGCUGAGCAAGAGGAUGUCUUUGCUUAG